UUCUAAAACAUGUUACGUAGUGAAGAAAGCACAGUUGUGCAUAGAUCAGAAUUGGCACACUGAUGUAUAAGCAAACCAUAAUAAUCAAUUAUUUUAUUAUAAUACUAAUUGACUAAAACAUUGCAAGAUUCAAAUCAGGCAUCUGUGUGCACUGUGAAUCCUCUAUUAAGCCCCCUCUCUAAUAAGUCCACCUUCUCAGGGGAAGAAAGUUAAUAACCCCCCCCUCCCUCACUCCCCGUCAUUAGUUUUCAUGAUAGAUUGUAUUAAUCAUGAUUGUAAAACUUCAUUUGGACUGAUCCAUGGUGGUUUAUUCACAUGUUGGAAGUUCAGAUUUGUUUUUGAUCUUUGUCUGUAUGACCUCCAACUUCUCAUACUUGAGCUUUUCCACUUUGCAUUCUAGUUCUUGAUUGAGAACUGAGACCAACAUCUUCGCUAAAUUAAAUAAGCCCUUGAAAUGUGUUUGAAAAAAAAUAAGCCCCCCCUGGGGAUUUUAAAGAGGAUUUACAGUAUCUAAACACAAUAAAUUCACAUUGAAAAACUUGCUGUUUUUCACAGUUUUAGACAUAAGUAAUAUAAAUUAAUAUUAUUGUUUUCCACUAUUUGUUGACUCCUAAUAUGUUCAUAAUAAUAAUAAUAAUAAUAAUAAUAAUAACAGUUUAAACAAAUGUUCUUAGAAGUUAUUGUCACAUAAAGAAUAUAUCAACUGAUGGUACGGAAAGAAAAUAAUUAUUAGAAGUGAGAAAUCACUUUUGUCACCCAGGAAACAUCUUUUCAUUUUAAAGAAAUGUUUGCAGGUGACUUUAGUAUAAUUUUUUCACUGAAGCAUCAAAUAACAACACUUGUACAAGACAGACAAAAAUCAAUUUGAAAAGCAGAUGUGGGCUUGUGAGAGCUAUUUCCCUGUGUUGCAGUAUUAAGGUUAUACAGUGUAUUAUUGAAAUGUAUUUUAGUUGCAACCAACACCCAGUCAUAAUUUUUCUGCAAGUAAUCCUUUGAAAAUUUUUAUAGCAUAUUCUAAUAAGGACUCAGAAAAUAUUGACAAAAACAUGUAAAUGGUAUUUACAUAUUUGUGGGCCACCAGCUGUUGCUAGUGUUUGUGUAACUAAGGUUUAUAUCUCGUAUAAUAAUGACUUUGUUGCUUGCUGUAGAGAAUUCUACCAUCCACAUGCAUUCCUCUGUGACAAAGAAAAGGCUGAGAAAACAGAAAAGUUGAUAGCUUAUGGAAUAUCUCACUUGGAUUUUGACAUGUAAGUUUGCUUCCGUUGUGUUUUUCUUUAUACUUUUGUGCAACACAGCUGCAUGAAUGAAUUUCAUUUUUGCUAAGUAAGCUUCCCUGCAACAUAUGAAUAAGCAUUAAAACUAGAAAGAAUCCUGAUAGGAUGUUGCUUCUUGAGUACGGAAUUGGCAGAAACUACUUCUUUGUGAAAAAAUGUAUUGAAAGGACUCUCCAGAAAUUCUGUUACAAAACGAAGAUCUAAGGAUGAUCAACAAGAAAUUCUGUUAACUUGAAAGAGAGCCUCGCCACUCAUUGAAUUUCAAAAUAAUAUUAAUUUUCUGGACUAACCGACUUACAAUGUAGUAUUAAACGUUAAUUUAGCAUGUAAUUGAAUAUAUUCUGAAAGAGUAAUUUACUAAUAAAAAUUUUGGGGCUUGUUGGUGCACACUUAUUCAAAACUUAUUUAUCAAAGUGUUACAUAAUCCUUAUUUAUUUUACUCUGUUCAUACCAACAAAGGAUUGUGAUAAAAGUGAAUUUGAAAGAUCUGGUGUAUAUCUUUCCAGUUCCAAAAAAGUCCCAAAAAGCAUCAUAUUAAUCAGGAUCAAUUUAGGUUAAUGAGAAACUGCCCACCUACCCCUCCCCUAAGCCAACACUAACUUACUUCUCACUCAGAGCAAAACAGUGCUUAGGGGAGGGGUAGGUGGGCAAUUUCUCCAAAACCUAAAUUGAUCCAUUAAUCACAUGUAGACCCCAGUGAUGUGGUCUACAGGAGGUGGACAAAAUGCUGACCCCCAAGUCCAUGGACUAUCCCCAAGGGCUACCCAUCUGGACAACCCUAAAAAGGACUACGCCACUGAAGUUUAGUGAUUAGGGUUAGGAAACUGUGUGAAUCAAGUUCUAUUUAGGGUCAUCAUACUUGGAAAACUGACCUGAACUUGAUUCACUCAGUUUCCUAACCCUAAUUACUAUACUGCAGCAGCAUAGUCCACUUUAGGAAAGUCCAAAGGCGUAGUCCAUGGACUGGGGGUGAGUUUUUUGUCCACCAUCAUGGUCUACAUCAUGUCUUUAACCCUUUAAGUCCCAAUAGUGACCAACAGCAAUUUUCUCCUAACGAUACCCAUACAUUAUCAUGAGAUGAGGUUAUGAGAAUCAAUUAAAUGAUCACUUAGGAGAAAAUACUUUGAUCUUUUAUCAAAUUCUCUUAACUAAUUCUUAAAGGAAAUGUAUAGAGAUCAGUUUGGAGAAUUUGUAUGUGGAUAUUGGGGCUUAAAGGGUUAAUCAGAUGAGGGGACCAACAUGGGUCCAAAUCUCCAACAACCUUUAUACUGUUGCAGUGUCCUUGCCAAGAAUUAGUGAUUCUAAUGAAAGAAAAGAAAAAUAAAUGAUAACCUAUAAUAGCAUAGAGCAUAUCAGCUGUAAAAAAAAUUAUUUCCUUAACCAAGUUAAUAAGCUUUGUAUUAUUACCAAGAGGAAUUGACUCACUUGACAGCCGUGACUACACAGUACUAUGCGAUGAUAUUUAAACUAUUUGUUGCUAUACCAAGUAAGAUUAAUAUUUUUUCCCACUUAUUAAAUAUUUUCCAGUUCUCUGACAAGCAGUUCUAGGAGAUCUCUAGACAUUGAAGCAGCCGCUCCAAUUAUUGCUAGCUUAGGUAAGUUUCCAUGGCAACAGCCAUUGUUGAAUUUGAGCAUGGUUAGUUGGAGUCUGGUGAUAGUUUUAGGAUGCAUUCUUGCAAUGUAUAUGAAGCACUCAUUCUCAGAGACAAUGACUAUUUUGAAAACUAAGUCAAUUUGAAAUAUGAUUCCAUUAUAUGGCUGAUUCUGUGAACAGACAAGAUGAGCCAAAUGCUGCAUACUUGUUGGCUACUACACUUGUGUGUCCAGAUAAUUUAAAUCGAGAAUCGAAAGGGAAUACUUUAUUUCCACAAAUAAAUUUUCUCGAAUUAAUUGAUCUAUGUAAACGUUUGUGGAUCGGAUUACCGUAAACGUAAUGAAUUCGCACACGUUUAUGAAUCCGGAAAAAAAAUCCGCCGUGUUAGCCGUCAAAUUUGUUGAGAUACCGUGUAGCAUGAAAAUUUUGCGGGUUCUAAUUUUUGCGAAUUUUGCGGGUUGACUUCGAUCCGCAAAAAUUAGUUCCCACAGAAAAAAAAACCCGCAAAAUAAAACGCCGCAAAAAUUAACUCCCUUCAGUCAAAUUAAAAACUCUGCUUUUAAUGGACUUGUUGUGUAUGGUAGGGAUAGGCUUUUGUUUUGUUUUGCUGUUAUUCAGUCCCUUUGUGCAGUAAGAUAUUACAGUGAUUACUGUAUUAUUCUCCAUUAAAUAAUUAUGUAAGUAGAGUGAACUUUGACUCAACAUACCGUAAAAUAAAAGUUGAAAAUACCACAUUAAGGUUUCUUCUACUUAAAUAUUCUGCUACUUGAACAGAGAAUCGCAAAAAUUAGUUCCCACCAGAAAUUUCAGUCAUCUCGAACCGCAAAAAUUUGUUCCGCAAACCACAAAAAAUCGCCAAUCCGCAAAAUAAAACUCCCGCAAAAUUUUCAUGCUACACGGUAGUGUCCUGAAAUGGGGUAACAUAACAAAACAAUCCACACCCCUCCCCCUCCCCUCCAUUCAACGUUGGGGUGUUUGUUGUUUCCUACAGGUAGUUCGAACAGCUACACUAACCAUAGUUAAGACGGGGGUAACUAUAGUUAGCUAUUUCGGUAAUGUGACCGCUUCUCUGUUCGCUCUAACUAUAGUUAGAAAAUUUACGCCUCGGUGAUCCAAAACAAUACGGACUAACUAUAGUUACACCAAGCAGGGUUUGUGGGUUCUUAAGUUUAUAAACAAACAACCAAUCAGAAUGUGACACUUCUUUUUGCUCGUGCGAGACGAGCAUAUAUAAAUAUGCAAAAUAAAAACCAAGCGUGAAGCGAGGGGGAAACCAAAAACAACAAACAAAAAAUUUACAUAGGCUAAUUAGAACUAGCUGUUGUUAACUGCUUGGUGUGACCGCAAUGUCGACCGAAAGCACUAACUACAGUUAGGUAUGACGUCACGUAACUUGACACUAACUUUAGUUACGUCGUAGAUGUGACCGCAGCCAAUAUUUCAAGGACGGUGGGGGAGGAAAAGCUUUGUUUCCCUUUUUGAAGUCGGUAAAACGCUCUGAACGCUUUCUCUUUCUCUCUCAGGGCAAAGUGUAUCAACUAAUUUUGUCGCCGAUUUAUCUUAUAAAUAUUUUGAACUCUAGCGUAACUUGUUGGUUUUCAGGUGCUGGAAUCACUCAUCUUCCUGUAAGAUCCAGCCUGGUAAAUGGUUAUGGAUCACCUUCUAGCAGCUGGAAUGGACAAGAACAUUCUGUGCAUUUGUACGCUCAGGGAGCAAGAAACGUCGCAACCGAAGGAACAGGAAAGAAAAAGAAGAAGAGAAAAAAGGCAGAAGUGGCAAUGAUUGCCGAGAGUGAAGAUUUUGAAGAAUCGGAUUUUAUUAACAAAGCAAUUGAUAUUCAUAGAGGAUUGGACUCAGGCAGUUCUAGUAAUCACAGUGAAAUGAUCUCUGGUGUAAUUGUGGAUGAUGACCAAAAUUCGGAAGAGAGAAAACCUGUGAAUGAUUCAUCUGGUGAUGUGGAUCUUGCAGGAGAUAAUAUUUCUGAAAUUUCUUUAACAAUGGAAUUACCAGUUGCUGAAACAGUUCUGCAUCAGUCUUCAACGGAUAAAUUUGAACAAACUAGUUUCGUUGCUGGCUCGAACGAGACUUUCCCACUUGUCAAUGGGUCUGAUAAAGAGCCGGAAGUUUCUUUGAAUAAUGUCCCUUGUGAAGAGAAAAUAAUAGAUGGCAAUAAAAGUGUUGACGAAGGAAGUAACGACGAGAGUGAUUUGAUUAAAGAAGAGCUUGCUUUAAAACCUGAGGAAGUGAUUGACGGGAAUCAUUCCUCUAAUGAACAUUCUGAGAGACAGGGAGACAUUGAUGAGAGAACGUCAAUUAUUACUUCACCAGAAAUGGAUAAUCAGUCUUCAUCGCAAAAUCCCUUUGAAGACGAGGGAGAAGUUGAGACUGUAAGUACUUCUCCAAAGGACACAGAUACAGUUAUAGCUAAUGAACCCGAAACACCAGAGUAUUAUGCUGCAUUGGCUACUUUCGAAUGUGGCACACCAAAGAAAGUCGAUAGUAUUUGGCAAAUUGAAAGAGAGCGAGGCAUGUCUGCUGAAUUUAAUGCUAGCUACGAAGGCGAAGACUUAAACAUUGUACCGGGAAUUCACAAAAGCUAUGAUACGCGCUCACGAAGCGAGAGUUCGGGCAGUUUUAACGGGUCGGGCUCGCAGAGAAGUAGCAGAAACAGUACUUUGGAUUCAAUGCACAGAACCUUUACGAUUAGCUCUACUCCUGGUUCGUGGCCGGGAAGAAAUAGUUUCUCCAGUCGCAAGAGCUCCAAGGCGGAUUUGUCGAUUGGCUCUCCUGGUAGCGAGAGUCAGUUUAGUGAAUUUGAGAUGUUCGAUGAGCUGAUUGGAUUAGAAGAGGAUCAUUUCUCUCCACCAGAGGUGAGCCUGUAAAAUAUUAUAUAUACAGCUGACUCCUGAUAACUCGAACCUCGCGCCAACUUGAACCAUAGUCGAUUUCCCGCCCUGGAUUUCCUUCAUACAUUUAAAGUAAUUUUACCCUCGGUAACUCGAACCCUCAGUGACUCGAACCUCCCGCUAACUCGAAGUAAUUUUUGUUUCCCUUCAAAUUAUUUCUCUAUAAGGUUACCCCCGAUAACUCGAACCAUGUUUUAAGCGUGACAAGUCAGAAAAAAAUCGGUAUACUGAAGUCCGAAAUGGUGAAUUUAUUUCAAAACCAUCGUGUCAAUGCUUUGUCUGUACUUUUUUGUCACUACAGUUCAAAUUCAGUGUCCAAGGCUCUAUAUCAAUCAAGCUUUGUUUCUUAUUUACUUUUUCAAAAUAUCAAUCUUUUUUUCUUUUGUACUCCUUAUAUUCCUCAGUGUCACAGUCGAGAAAUCGAAACUUCUAUGUUUGGACAAAUCGUUACGUAACUUUACUUUACCUUUUUUGCAUAAUUCACCAUGGCAAAUCCCAUUCUUGAACUGGCGUUUUCGUCAAUUCAAUUUUCUAUAUCAUUCUAGUUACGAAUUGUGCCACUAUAAUGUAUGUUUAGGUAUGUCUCCCACAUCGAUAUGUAUCUUUUUUGUUAGUCCUUUAUGGGUGUGUCUACUACAGAAGAACUGCGGCAUGCGAUAAAUGCCUGUAAAGACCUCAUCAACGCAACUUCCGACGACUCGGAGGAGAAACGGAAACUCAUCACCAAAUUGGUUCAGCUCAGGCUCAAACUUCAGGAAACUCAGGUUUGUCGAUGUAUGAUAUACUUUUCUCGCGAUCUAAUGGUGAAGCGCUAUUAAACGUGUCUAGCUAGUCUUAAAAUGGAAUAAAGUGAAUCUAGCCCUGUGUAAAAAUACUGCCAUACUUGAUAGGAAACUAUUUUUGUCCUUUUUACGGUUCUGUAUCCUCUUAGAGAGCACGGCUCUACAAAAAGGGCAUUUUUGCUGUGUUUUGUUCAUUCAGUUUUUAUCAUAUAAGGUUCUUUGAGUGAUUGAGGGGGUGAGUCAAGAGGAAAAUAUUUGCAGUGGCAUGCGAAAAGAAAUUCUCUUGCUCUAGAAGUACUUUUGUAUCAGAGCAAUCUCGACCCUGCCCUGAGAGAGAACCCUGGGCACGAAUUAAGUGUUCGUGUCCAGCAUUCUAACUGGAGCACUUCUUUGAGGGCCCAGUUGUGGCUUUUUGCGAGGAACCUGCACCAGAUGAGUCUAAAAAACCACUAAAAAGGUAUAAGUAAGCAAGGGUUAAAAACUAUAGGCAAAACAGUUAAAAAAACAACCGAAAUAAAACAGGAUUAGUAACCCCUACUAGUAGAAGGGAACCAGCCAGAUUGAAGCUGAAAUUAAAAUCUCGUUGUGUUCAUUUAUUUAUUCAAAAGAAAUUUCAAGAGGAAACCACCGAGGUUGAUUCCGAUUACGAAGAGUGAGCUGUGCGCAAAGCCUUUUGGGUGUCCAUUUGCUUGCGAGGCAGGUUUUGAUACGAAAAGAGAAAGGGGCACUCCUCCCUUGCGCAUCCGAAUUCUCGCUUUUCUCUCCCUUUCGAAUACCUGCCUCGCAGACCAGGUAACCAUGGACCGUAAAGCUUCUAUUUACCUAGUCGAGUUAUAGGAUAUUGCACUGGCAGACAACCCAAAUGCAAAACCCGCAGAAGGUCUUCUGGAUUUGCAACCGUUAAGUUUUUACUCGCACGACUUUUUUAAUAAGGGUGUAGGUGAUAUUUGCUGAACUAUUCAAUAUCACCUCUCCUUCUACACCUGUUUUUUUUUUCUUUCAGGAUUCGAAAUCAGAGGGUGACUCAAAGGCACGAAAAGUACUCGGACAUACGUUUACAAAGGAAGAGGAACGAGGGAAGAAGUUGAGCUGCGAUAAAUGCGGAAAAACAAUUUGGAUGUGGCAAUCGCUAUUUACGUGCAACGGUACUGAUUAGUCCAUAAUUCGCCACUUUAGAAACGAAAAGGGAAAUGGAGCUGAAAUGCGCCUUACAAUUGUUUCUGGGAUAGUUACAUGGGACGCGCCGGUCAGCCAUUAGAGAGAUUAAGAUUCACGUUUACCGCAAACGGCAAAUGUCAGACUCAACUUGCUGAUAUCUCAGAAUAGAAAAUAAGCAGAUAAAAACAGUCCCGAACGAUUCCUAUGGUUAAAACUGGCAUAAAACUACUUAUUUUUGUGUAGAAACAAUAAAGACUAAACGGAAACUCAAAGGAAAACUUGGUCACGUGGACAAUAAUCUCUCUAUUGGUAAUUUUUUUACCCUGUCCCAAGUAACAGUCCCAGAACUCUUUGCGAAAAAAAACUCAGCCCAGAUUCCUUUUCGUCUUUAAAGAGGCGAAUUUUGCAAAAUAGUUGUUUCAGUCCGAGAAAAAAAUAUUUCAAAAUCGGUAUUGGAUAAUAUAUUUUUUUUCUGUUAAUAGCUUGUAGUUACCGCAGUCAUAGGCGCUGUUUGGAGCUGAUUCGUCGACCCUGUGCUAGUAGAAAGGUAAGGGCAAAAUUGGCUUUGGAAAUUUCAACCUAUCUGCUUAAGUUCUUCAGAUCAUUCGAAAGCCGAAUCCAACAAUUGUUUUGAUACGUGUGACGAACGUCUUCUAAGUUUGGUAAAAAAAAAACGCUUGCCGGUUAUGAAGAAUCAGCGGAGAAAUUUGCCCAAGUUAGAAAUGGACCAAGGUUUUAAAUUAAUAAUAUUUAAAGUGUAUUGUCUCUCAUGGCGCUUUUCUUGGCAGGUGUCAGUCACCACGUACAAUUUGAGUAUUUGUCCAGAAACAGGAUUAUCGUCACAGCAGUAUAAAUGCGCUGAGUGUAGGAAGCAGAUAGGACUGACAAGUGAGUAUGAGCAACUAACUGGGUAAACGAAGGGGUGAGUUUCUUAAGAAACUGUGAUGUUGCGUCAGUGGGGAAGUGAGAUGCAAAAUGUGGUCUUAUUGCUCAUGCGGAAAUUGUCAUUCACGCAUUCAUUUAGCCCUCUCAUCCAUCGUUAGCAGGAUAUGGAGUUAAAUAUUGUUUAAGUGUUAAAAGGGAGUUGAGGAAUAAAUUUUGGUAAGGCCACUUAUGAGAGUAGUGUCGGUUACUUGUAAAUUCAGUACCAAAAAGACGAGAGAAAAGUUAAGUGUCCCCAAACCCUUUGACCCAGACCAAGACUGUACAAGACUGAACUUAAUCCCCUCUCCCCGGCGAGGAGAGGGAAGGAAGUAGGAUCAUUCGGGCGUGCCUGUCUUCCCCGUUCCCCUUGCCUGCCUUAUGUGACUUAGAACAAGGAUUGGCAUGGUUGUUCAUUGUGCGACCCUGUUUUAGAGAUGCACGGUGUGACCUAAAAUCAACAUUUUUAACAACAUGUAUUAUUCAUAGUGCGCCAUUUCUACUUCCGUGUAGCUUUAAGUAGCUUUGAAUUACCGUAAAACGGAUCAGUAAUGGAAAGGAGGGCGGGAGGGGUGGGGGACAAGUGAGCGUACCGUUGGCCCUAGAUUUGUUAGUCAGACGGUGACUACUUCGCGCUACCGACGUAAAAUAAGGAAGCAAAAUCUAGUACACCUCUCCCUCCCUGUCUGUAAACGCCUGCGUUGCUUUUCUCAAUGAAAGGUCUAGUAAUGCAGGGUUUUUUUUAUCUUUUGAAGGAGGUGAACGCUCUGAAGCUCGGCUCUGUGAUUACAGUGGUCAGCAUUACUGCGAGGAAUGCCAUUGGAACGAUCUUGUUGUGAUUCCCGCCAGAGUCGUUCACAACUGGGACUUCAGCCUUUAUAAGGUACUGAUUACCGUCAUUUAAUUAUUAUACCACUGUAUUUAUGGGCUACUGGACAGUGAGUGGUUAACAUUUGUAACAAUUUGGAUCACAAUUUUAAUUUAACACAAUGUUUCUCGUUUGAAGCUUUCAAAAAAUCUAUGAAGGACCAUUCACUCGCUCUGCUGUAUAUUCUUGGCUUAAACCGAGUGGUUUCUGGUAUUUGUAUUUGUUUGGCCGGUUCAAACGUACACAUUUCACAUAUACCGGCCGAAUUUAAUGUUAAUAUGAAAAAUCUUUUGUUCUUGCUCAUUUGCCUUAGAUUUAGCUUUCGCAGCCGUUGUUAGGGUCGUCACGCAACGCUCUUUAGUUGGAAGGAGUGUUGCGUGAUGACCCUAAUAACGGCUACGAAGGAGUCGACAUCUGACUCGGCGCAUGUGAUGAAAUGCGACCUUUGAACCGGGCUCAAGUUUGUACAUUUUAGUUAGAGACUUCGUUCAAGGUCAUAUGAUUAGUUCACUGAUGGGGCAAAUAGUUACUGAAAAGCCCUGACAGGGGAGUUACACUUUUCAGGUGUUAAUCUUCUUCAGACGAUAAGGUGUAUCGAAAAUAUUUGUUGUAAGAACCACACUGAAGUCCUUUAUGGAGGGGUGUUCGUUAGAAAAGGGCUCGUGUCAUCAGAGUUCACAAAUUUCUUCUCUUUUACCACAAACAAUUAGCAGUAAAACUUUCUGUAUUUUUGUACGACUCAGGUGUCGAGACAGUCUAAACAGUUACUAGCUCUCAUGACUGGAAGACCACUCCUCAAGAUUGAAAGGCUCAACCCAUCUCUGUUCAAAUUCGUCGUGGAGCUUAGAGAAAUAAAGGUAAAUAUUGGCUUUGGUUCCUAUACCAUACCGGUGACAAGGUUCAAAAGUUUUUGGCAAUGUCGGCAGCAAAAACGUCACUAGUAAAAUGAAUCUGCGCUCUUUCAAACUUCGUCGCGAUUGUUACAACCUGCAUAAUAUGUCAAAUUCUAAAUUUCUUGGAGUGAAUUCACCCACGGAAGUACACUGGAGUUUAGAGAGGGAAAAAUCAAUUCCUCGUCACGUUUAUAACUCCUCCCUAACCCGUCACAGUAGAUAAUUUCAAGUCGUAGUCGUACAAUGACGGCCAAAAAUGUACCAAAAUGUGUGAUGCGCAGGUGCUUUUUUUGGCAUCUUCGUGGCCAGCGCCGUCGUCGUUGCUAAAACUCUCUUAUGUUACAAGGGUACUAGGAACAAUAACUAAAGGAUUGAUCACCAGUGUCCACUAACUAGAUCUCACUAACAACUGGUCUGGCUAAAGGAUGUUACUUGGAGGCUUCAGACCCCAGUAUCGCUACUCAUGCUUGCAAUCAAAGAUUGCUAGAGUUAUUACUAUUAAAAUCCUCCUUAAAUUGAUAGAGAUUUUCUGAGCUGCAUCUAAAAUGAGGAAAAAGAAUCUUAAUCUUUUUUUUGUUGCCUAUAGCGUCUUAGAGAAGAGAUUCUUAUAAUGAAAAAAUACUUUGUUACCUGCCGGGAAGCCUUAGAAAGCAAGUUGUUAUUACAGGUAUGUACGCGUCAUGAAAGUUCUUUUGUUAUUGGUUCUGUUAUUGUUGGGGGUAUUUGGCAAAAACUUUCACGCACCGAGAGGCAAAACUACAGAGAAAGGAGAAAUACCUCAGAAAACUGCUCCUAGAGUAAUUUAGUUUGGUUUAGUAGAAAGUGACUGACAAAGUAAUUUAUCUGGCUGGUUACCGUACCUUUUUAAUAAGCCCCGCCUUUUUGAAUGAGCCUUUAGUCCUGGAGGAAAUGAACAAAAAUAUGCACUUUUCUAAAUCGACAUCUAGGGCUUAUCAGGAUGGGUAUUUGCUAACAGCAUUACUAACGUAAACACUGUUCCUACCAUCAUCAUCAUUAUCAUCAUCACCACCAUCAUGAUUAUCAUCGUGGCCGUCGUCGUCAUGGUCACCGUCAUCGUAUCAUCAUUAUCAUUUUUGUAAUCAUUGUCGGCGUUAAUACUUUCUAUCACAAUUAACGUAGUCUUAUUUGUCUUCUUAGUUAAAGGAUAGACAACACUUUGUGGACAGCUCCAGUAUGUACUCUCUUCAAGAUCUUAUUGAUGUAAACUCAGGCUCGCUUUUACCUUUCCUUACGAAAAUCCACUCUCUCUUCCUCACACACAUCAAGUCUGACUGUCAGGUAAGAACAAAAAUGAUGUUUUUCUUAAAUAGCGUAACCCAGUGGUAGUUGGUAGUGCGGUCUGGAGGCGGUCUGCUCUCCACGCUUACAACGAUUGACUUUUGGUUUUUCGACAACUUCUGAGCAGAAGUUCUCGGUAGAGUUCAGGUUUAUUGUUACUAUUUAAUAUGUAAGAUACUUAAAUCUAAUUGUUAGGAGCUCCUUGAAAUGAUACUUCAAUUUUGAUUAGUUUGUUGUCAGUCAAGUUGUCGAAUACCGUAAAUUAUCUAGUAGACGUUCCGGACGUCUAGUUAAUUUAAGGAGCGUAAUCGAUAAGAGGCGUUUAUUCUGAUAAACGUAACAGGCUCAUCAAAACGUAUAUGUUUUGGGCGAACAAUUAUUGUUAUAUCACCACAGUAUAUAAGCAGCCAACUACUCAGUCCAUCCACCUAGGCGUGUAGCCCGUUUUGAUGUCAAUGUCAGAAUUCAGACUUUGAACCCGAAGUUUAACUAGAGGCAAUGCACAAACUUUUAUCAAUCAGGCAAAAAACUGAAUAAAUUGUAAUAAGUGAUUUUGCUCUAUUUCGUAGUAUUUUCAGUUGAAGCAGUAUUCAACGAGGGCUUUUAUUAGACCGGGGGCGUUUAUUUUAGAGGGGCGUCUACUACAAAACUUAAAAUUGUAAGAGGGGGCGCUUAAUUGAGGAGAGGCGUUUAUUUGAGAGAGAUAAUUUACGGUAGUUGUUCCCUGCCGUAAGUAGCUGCUUACAAACCUUAGCCAAUAUCGGCGUGCUUUAUACCUGACAUGACCAAUGAAAACUAUCGUCAGGACUUUCAUAUUAUCAACUGUGUGUCUACCGUUCAGUUUCAGUGACUUUAAAGAUCAUUUCAGCUCAACAAGUAAUCUUAGGACCACUAUUACAACUCAUUAGAACUACCGGAAAAUCGCACUCAACAGAGUAUUGAUGGUUCUUAGAUUAAACUUUUUACUGUAGUUAAGCUUUCUUGAUCGUAGCGUGAUCCGUGGGCCUUCUCGUUUUAUCGAUUGAUUGACCGAUUGAUCGUUUGAUCGAUAUAUUUAUUUUAUUGACUGAUUGAUUGAUUUACUUUAAUAGCUUUGUCAAGCGAAGGGUUUUGUCUGCGAAUUUUGCGGCAAAGACGAAAUCAUUUUUGCGUUUGAUCCACACGCAGCACAGUGUAAGGAAUGCAGGACCGUGUUCCACAAGUAAGUACAUUUUUUUGUUGAAGAUGGCUGGCCGUAAAGAUCCUGUAUUAUGCGAGUUACAAAUCCUCCGAUAUUUAUUUGAUAUUUUUGUCUUUUGCAGAAUAUGUUUCAAAUCUGGAGUGUGUCCAAAAUGCGAACGAAGACAGAAAAGAUCGCACACAAGUUAGCUUGGAUGGUGACCUACUGCGCAUGGGUUACAGAUAAGAGUUUAUUUACGAACUCAGUAACGACCAUGAAUCAUGCCAAACGGUGACCGAUGACGAUUCGGCUUGUAAAGAGCAUGCUCGCAGCACUGUGAGCCGUUCUGAAAGCGAUGUAGCAUAAACGAUUUUCAUUGAUAGCUGCAGUGCUUUUGUUGCGACUUGUCAUCUCUUUGACAAAAACUUACUUGGUUUAAGAACAUUCUGCAGUUAAGACGAGUUAUAGGGACUUUGCUGGGUUUUUUUUGUUCACGAUUAUGACGUCAACAAGCCUUUGUCGUACGAGGACUGAAAAUAGAGAGCUUUAGAUUUGAGGACGAGAAAGAGUACGAGUACGGGAUUUAACGCAAGUUGUUGCGCGUGUUCCUCAAAAAAAAAGAUACCCCGGAAAGCUUAAUUUUACUUUUUUUCACCUAAAAAUUUAGUACGGUUAUUUAUACUGAAGGAGGUUUAAGCCCUCUAACGAUAGCAGAAUGAUAAAUCUUCUUACAUUUGAUAACUUGUUCCCGCCACUACGACAUUCUCGCUAAAACUCGUAGUAGAUUGACGACGACUAUCUCGUUUUCCCGCCAAAAUGACGCUGGUUCACUCGUGAGCAGUACUCAGUAUUGAGAAGUCUCGUACUCGUAGUCGUCCUCGUCUAAGAAUCUAAAGCUCUCUAAUGAUGAUGCUAGACGGGAUUUACGGAACCGCCAUGUUAAGUCGUGAAAAAAGCUGAAUAGUUUCAGCAAAAUUAAUCGAGCCUUCGUGACUAGUUACUGAAUUGCCUGCGAAUACAGCCGCUUCUUGUCAAUCUCUGUAUGGUCUCUAGCGAACGUUAGUGAAGAUCUAGCUGUAAUGCUGUUUUAUUCGCUAGGAAAUCAAAAGCACAUCAGAAUAUAAUUAAAUAAGUUAUUGAUUAUUUAUUGAAAUUUCGAGUAAAACAUUGUAAACAGACCACCACCACUGCUUUUCGUUAGAUUAUCGAUUUGUCGUUUUUCGGCUUAGUAUCAGAAGAACCAAACUUAAAUUUCUUUCACGGUCUGGAUCAAUAUAAAACCCCGUAGUAACAUCGGGUGCGGUCCAUUCAAUCAAAAUUCAGACCGGUCCGACCGGGAAAAGUGGUCCACCUCAAAAGGUGGACCAGUGUUUUCGAAACUUUUCCGGCUGGACCGAACCUAUCCAUUGAGUUUUGGACAGAAAUUCCUGGAAAUUUUGGUUGAAUGGAUCGCGCCCAUCAUGUGCUUUUUUUUCUUAACUUUUAUAUCACAAAUAUAAAUAGAUAAUUUCUCCUUUCUAUCCCAUUUGAAGACUUUAAAAAUAUUUUGAGAAGUAAUCCUGGAUCGAUGGUCCUAUCUUUCAGGGUCGGCCAGGGGGGAUAGUGGUAUACCAGUAUACCCGAAAAAAAUUCGCCAAAAUACCCAAAAAUACCUAAAAUUCAUCCAAAUAUACCCAAAAUUAUACCCAGGUAUACUUUAUACCUGAAAUUCAAAGAAAGUGAUAUACCGAACACCCGUGUUUAAGCUGCAAGAUACCGUAUACCCGAUUUAGAAAGCCCCUGUAUACCGUAUACCCCAAACCCCUGGCCGACCCUGAUCUUUAAUUCUCAUGACCCUCCUGGUUGAUUAAGAAUUGACUUUAGUAAUGAUCAACAUCUAUAUGUUGUGCUCAAGUUUUUAUUUCAAAUGAUUUUGAUUUUAUACUAGUAGCUAGUCAGAAUUAAGGUGGUCUUUUAAAACCCUUUUUAUAAGUUGAUAAAUAAAUAUAUCUAAAGGAAAAUUAGCAACACCAGUUGCGUUUAAGAAUAGUAAGUCAUUUUGUUUCUUUUUGGAAGGAAAAAUUAAAGUGGAAAUAACAUCUGGUUUAUUUAAGACAAUUGAGAUUUUAAAAAAUAGCUUUUUUCUAGGUAAGGUAGGUAAUGGUGCAGAAGAACCAAAGCGGAGCUAAACUCGGUUUCUGUAGCAUGAAGCACCCAAGAGUACUGCCCCUGGAUAUGGUCCUGGAUAUGGCCCUGGAGGAUACUUCCUUUAAUGGCCCCGUACGAAAAGGGUAUGACCUUUUUCAGGCUUCAGGUGUAUGAAAGGGUAGAGAUUUCACUUGCUGAAGUGUAUAAAAGGGCAGAGAAAUCUGUCAUUUCGGUCGGUUUACGGUCGUUUCUAUACAAAGUCGUUUAUUCAAUUGAGUUGUAAACAGUUUCACGUACUUGGCUUAAACAACGCCGGAUGAAUACUCACUCAAAAAGUUUUUCUUGUUCACGCGCAAACUAUACUUGAACUGAUCAAAAUAUUUGCGAAUUUCACCGCUUGAGUUCGUAUCGAAACGACCGGUUUCCUUUGCCAAUUUGGGCCUUAAAAAAAGGUCCAAAAGGGCUAACGGACUCAUUUCAUGGCUUUCAAAAAGUCGAGAAAACGUUCUCCGGGUUUGUGAUUUAUUCAUAUUUUAGAAAGGUCAUUUACACCAGUUAAAAGGAUGCAACGUUCCCAACGUAUUUGAGAGGGACCAUGUAUCAAUAGUGGUAAUUUUUCUGUCAAAAAUGUUAUACUGUAUAAUUAAAAAGGGUAAGGGGUCGGACCUCCGGCGGAGCCUCCCUGUGUAAAACUUAAUUAUCAAACCCUGGAUGUAGAGAGACAAAGUCGAGUGUAGUUCCUUGUCUAAGGAGACAAAGUGUUGGCAAGACUUGAACCCGGACCUACUGUUUGCGAAGUUGAGGUGCAAUCAGCCACCAUGACUCCAACAUUGAAACCAGAGAAUAUAAAUUUUCCCGUGGGCUCUAGAUCUCCUCUCUGUAAAUAAUUGGACUUGACUUUUGAUUCUGCCUACAUGAUACCAAGAAAGAAUAAGAAUUAUUCUCUUUUAAUGAAACUGUUUAUGGUUUGACCUUGACAUGCGCAGCAGCUGCAGGCAAAACGGGGCAGGAGGAUGGGAGAAAAGGUAAAGGGGAAAUAAAGCCCUUUCCCUUUCUUCCCAACCCCCCUUCCUUUUUCCGUCCUCCUCUAACCCUUACAAACGGCGGCUAUUUCAGUCGUUUCUUUCUCUUUUGUUUUUGUUUUGUUUGUUUAAUUGUUAGUUGGUUCGGUUUUUGUGACCCCGGAACACCCAGAACGUCCACGUGAGAGGCUAAGAGUUCCCGCGUCGUGACCUUUGUCCCGGCGGACAGUACAUUUAAACCUCCUACAACGGCCGCCUCACCACAAAGGCAACGGCCACUAAAGCUUCUCCCUGAGUGCUGAAAUAACCUAUCGACAACGGCCAGUUUUUUUCAGCGUAUGAUGAAAAAGUCAAGAAUAUUAUGGUAAUAAAAUGUGAUCCGCAUGGCGCGUUGAUGAUUAAUCGCGGCAACCUGUUUUGAUAUUGUUUCCAGUUGAUAAUGAUUUCGCUGAAAUUCCAUACAAACCCUUAAAGCGGAGCUCUCGCGCGCAAAGCGCGCGCAGGGGAGCACCAUGGGUAAAAAAAUGUGGUAAACUACCCAUCCGAGAAAAUUUGGUAAUCACGUGACCGUACACCGACCGGCCGACCGUCCCUCCGCACCACAGGAAUACCAAUGUAACAUAAUUCAGUCGACAGGUAUGGCAACCCAAAUGCAACUCAAGGUUUUAUUUGGAAAGAAAUCGCAUGGCCGCCCGGACUUUUACAAAGAAAAACAACAACAAAGUCUUGUCUUUUUCGAUGUUUUUUUUUAUGUUUACACUCACGUGGAUAACGGAGAAAGAGCUAGAGCGAGUGAUUGAAAAGAGACAAAUUUUGUAGAAAGAAAUACAUGAAAUUCAAAGCGGCUGUGAGACAAAGAGAAAUGCUAGAGGCCAGCAAGGUGAAAAUGAGCGGCAGUGAAAAAUAAAAGCGAACAUGAACACAGGAGACAAAAUAUUGGUAAGCACAUACGACAAUUCCUCCAUAAAAAUAAUGUGUAACGAAGAGGUUUGACGUUUUAGUCCUACAAAACAGCGAUGUAUGUAGUUGUGCAAAACAAAGGCAAAGACAAAAAGUGUGCUGCACGUGCAAUUUUUUUUUUUUUUUGCUAAUUAGAUCUAUUGAUCUUGAUGCCAUUUUCAUUACCCUCCCCAUUUGGCAUUACACGAUUUAAUUUUUUUUGUUGACAAGUAUUGUUAACCAGAGUUUCGCUUUUAGCCCUGGCUAAAUCUACAUAUUUUAAAAUAUUUCUGCUACGCAACAACGAUUUUUACUGUUGUUCUUGGGGUUCCUGUGACCUGUGAGGAAAGGGAGCGAAGGGAGGAUCUGACGUCAUCAAGCAUCAUGAGCAGCAACAGAUGCGCGCAAAGUAAAGACGCGGGCUUUUCGAAGAGAAGAGGGGCCAUGAUGGAUGCUUUGCUGUUCUACUGAUGUGAUCCUGGGUUUUAAGGUGAGAUCAUUGUAAUUUAUUUUUGUUCCAAUUGGGCAGUCACCUUUUUGCAGUAUUUUAGAUGUUUUUGUUCUAAAUUUGUUAGUGGUCAGCUUGGAAUAGUCAGAAACUUUGACACUACUGGCAAGCCACUGCUAGGGCUUGAGGGCAACUAAACACGAACCGAUAUAAAAUAUACAGCAAAUUAUGGGUCAAAAUAUAAUCGGCGAGUAUGAAAUUUUAAUCGAAACUUCGAUGGUUUUGGAAUUUAAUUUACCUUUAAAGUCUUAAGCAGUUUUUAAGUAAGUUUAAUUUCGGUUUUAAUCAAAAAAUGGCGCGCAAGUCAAAUUAUUAAACGUUCGGUAUUCGAACUCAAUCCAUGGAUUAUUAAAGUUUUUAAAGUUCGCUUGAGUUAGGCAGUCUAACAUAAUCGAAGAACACUUUUUCUGUGAGUUCGAUUAUCAAAUCAAUCGAUCUAAUGGAACACAAGCUCGGCAAACAAAAUCGAACAACUCUUUGUCUAUCCGGUCCUGGUCCAUCAGUUCGACUAGCGAACCAAUAAUUCGGACUCAAUGAAACGAAUAAAACCAAGCUAAUCGAACAAAUACGAUUGAUUUCCGCGGUUUUUUGAGGUCAAAAGCGAGUACAAUAAAAAAUUAAUAAACACGAUUUUUUUCGUAUUCCUUGAGAGCAGUUGGGAAGUAAGAAGUAAUUACUGUCACGAUUGAAAGAAUGAACAGUAAAUGAAGUAGUAGUUUUAGAAAGAAACCUUAAGGUUUGCUCGCAGGGUAAUUUUAGGCAAUAUUUGGAGAAGUGCGUUAGGACAGUUUAAGUUGUCUGAGCCAAAAACAUAAUGUACAUGUCUCAGACAGGGCAUGCGUGGACGUUUUCUGCCCAGGGAAGAUGAGUUUAAUACAGUGAAACCUGUAUUAAGCGGACACCCUCGGGGAAUGCUGUAGUGUCCGCUUAAUACAGGAUGUCCGCCUAAUACAGGUUUCGACAGAUAACGUCAUAUGAGGUGUCAAAUGCAAUUCAAAUGAUCAGUGGAAAAGUUUAUAAUACUCCCAGAGAUAAUGACGAUAUACGUUUGCAUUAAUUUCUUUAUUGAAGAUGAUAGUACCAUAAACAUAGAUUGCAACUCAAAUUUGAAGAACUCAGAUGAGUGAAACAAGCUCUAUAGAAACAAAACGAAAUAGAAAACAACAUGGUACUGUGAAACUAAUCAAAUAAGUUCGUCAAGUCACGUUUUGUAAUGUAAAAAUAUAAAAUUUGUGUCUGGCAAUCUUUCGCAUUUCCGGUGUCUAGCACGUUGGGUGGUGAAAGUUAAUUACAAGUGUCCGUUUAAUACAGGUUGGCAACAAUAGAAAUGACCAUUUCAGGUACUUUUUAGGUGUCCGCGUCCGCGUCCGCUUAAUAGAGGUGUCCACUUAAUAAAGGUUUCAUUUUAAGUAAAUAAGGGAAAUAAAUUUUGGGACUUCGGCUACUGUCCACUUAAUACGGUGUCCACUUAAUACAGGUUUGACUGUACUAUUAUAAUAACCAAGCACUUGACUGGUUUUAUGAGUCUGUCUUCCACAACCAAACAUUUUCCAAACUCUACUUUUCCAGAGUUAUUCCUAAUCUCAAACUGGGUCUCUGAAAAUGGAUGUCAAUGGUACCUCCCCCCAGAGUUCUGAAGACGGUCCAAGUAAAAGGUAAAAGCAUGUUUUGAUUGAAACAUACGAUAAGCUAUGGAAAGUUAGCUAAAGACCUUGAGGCAGUAAUGAAGACGACUGGUCUUACCCAUGUACCCUGUAAAUGAGAUGAUAACGUGAUCAAGUUUUUUGUAUAAGUGUUGACUGCUUGCUUUCCCUAAGUAUAUUCUUGGGUUAAUGGCACUGCAGAGUUACAUGUAGGAACAGAACUCAACUUGUAUAUUCCUGAUUAAAAAAACGUUGUCACUUGCAAAUUAUAAACCAUGGCAUUGCGACCUAAUGGAUUUAAGCAUGUAAGUUUAUUAGCAUUGCAAAUUUAAAGUUCUUUCCAUAAAAACUGACGUUACAACAACCUUCUUGCACUGAUGUAUUCCAAAAAGGUUUUUAUUUUAUUGGUGUCUAGUUUUCCUGGUGAUUAGCCAACAACUUCACCUUUUGGCAUGUUUCUUCAGGGAUCUCUCCAGUCACAGAAACUAGCAACAUCACCAGUGUACACUUGAAAAUCAUAAGAUGAGACCUAUUAAUAGUCUUCUGGGAAGAGUGAAAAAAUUGACAUGUACUCUUGGGAUUUUCUUAUUUGCCCAACAAACUCUAAUGAUCAGGAUAAUGGAAACCUUCCUAAAUAACAACUUUGAAUUUGAUUUGCUGAUAUAAAUAAUAAUAACCAUAAAUCCUUGAAGCGUAAUCAUUCAUGCAUAGUUUAUAUUAAUUAUCCCAAAUAUGUUUUAUUCAGUCAGGUGUAACUCAUGUCUGACUCAAAGACUCGACACAAACUCACUCAUAAACUUGACUCAUCCAUUUGUAAAAUCAAUGUGCUCACACGAUUGUAGCGAUUAAAGGUGAUUAGAUAUUAGCUUGUACAGUGUACAAGAAGAUAGUGUCACAUUAACUCUUUAACUUUACCACACCAGUUUUGUGUUCAAUUUACUCAAAGAAGUCUUUUGGUCUCUUUUUUAAAACCAAAAAUAACAUGAACAUGUAUAAGUGCCCUUCCCACCUAGCCAACUUUAGUUCCAUCCCCAAGAAAAGGGCAAUCUGUCUGAGUUCUCUUGAACAAAUUUCUAGAUUUACUUGGUUAACUGACAAUGCAAGAGGCUUGGGCACAUGCACAGGCCAUGGAUGAAAUUUAAUAAAAUUUAACAUAUUGAUUUUGACUCAUCAGGAAUACAUGUAAAUUUCUCCAACAGUUCCAGGAAAAUCUGGGACAGCCAGGACAUAUCAUGAUCUGGAACAAUAAAUUGUCUACCAAACAAGAAAAUUAAGUGAAAAAUGUUAAUUGUGCCUACCCAGUAUUCUUUCUCUUCAGGAAAUUUGUUGAGAAAGUGCAACACUGCACAAUAACACUGGAAAAGAAAGAUGCAGAUGCUGUUCUGAGGCCAAUUAAUGCAGUUCUCAACUCAGGGGGUGGCAUUGUGCGGAUGAAAAUUGAUGACUUCUCAAGGUAUAAACCAGGAGAUCUAAACAAGAGAAUUGAUACAUUUUGGCAAACGUUAGAGCAAAAACUGAAUCCAAUGAUCCAGCCUUCAACGUAUGAUGAUGUCUUUGAUAGAAAACUUGAAGGAGACACAAUUCUUCUUUUCAUCAAAGCUAUAGAGCAUUUUUGUACAGUGGAUUACAAUUUGCAUUUGCCCAAUGAUGCAGCAUUUUUGCCACGUCAGCCCUACAAUAAAGUUGUUGAUUUAUUGUCCAGGAGAGAUUCCCUUGAAAACCAUACGCCUGAGGUUCCUUUAACAGACCUUCCUAUGGAUUUGUUACCCAAAGAAUUCACAUACAAGGAAGUACUAAAUUUCCAUGAAUCAAAACAAGUCCAACUAAAAUCUUUCUCAUCAACGAAUGGACUAUUUCACCCCAAUAAUAAAAAGGCUCAAGACAAAAUUGCAGAACAGAUAUCUUCCUUUGGAAAUGGAAGUGGAGGGAUGAUUCUUAUUGGCAUUGACGAUAAAACAGGAGAAAUUCUUGGACAAAAUAUUGCAGCGGAUGGCAAAGCAAAAUGGGAGAGUGGGUUUCAAGCCAUGAUUAACCAAAUGAGUGAAACAAGUUGGAGCUUUACCCCAAUAUAG